UACUCAAGUGCCGUACAACAAAUUAGUCUCAUUGAAAGUUCUAUGGUUGAGACUUUAUAGAAUGUUUAUUAAAUUUAUUUUUAACUUGUUUGCACAUAAAAGAAGGGUACUUUAAAUAGGAGUCACGUUACUGCCGACAUCGAUUAUACUCCUAUGAAAUGAUCGAGUUCUCGCGCACUUUCUUUUCGGAUGUGUGUGUGUACAUUCGCUCAGCUGUUCUGAUUAGAAGUGAUCGCGGCUCGUCUGAUUGCACAAAUUUUCGAAGCUUUGGAGUUUAUUUUUAGCACACGUGCCAUGUCGUUUUGGUAUGAUCCUCGUGGAUUUUUGCUGCGUAACAGCAUGUUAUUUGGUGCCUGAUUCGGUCGAUAUACGAACGUUUGCUCAUCGCGUUAGUUAUCACAAGUUUGACAUUAAUCCGAGAUCGAUGUGCUCCGCAAAUUGACGCUCAAUUUUCACCGUGAUUGUUAAGGUUCAACCAUGAAGAAGACACGUUCGAGUAUUUUUCAUGACAUUUAUUACCAGCCAUAUGAUGAUUGCACCAGGAUGAAGCUUUACUCUAGCAGUAAAGCGAGUCUACAAAUGAUGCAGCGUAUGGCAUUGUUAAAAAGAUUAAAAGUUCAUAAUGGUUGUGUAAAUUCUGUUUGUUGGAACGCAACUGGUGAUUUAAUAUUGUCUGGUAGCGAUGAUCAACACCUUGUGCUUACAAAUGCAUACAAUUAUGAGGUAUUGACAGACUGUAAAACCAGUCAUAGAGCUAACAUAUUUAGCGCGAAAUUUUUGCCUAAUAGCGGAGAUCAUCGAAUAGUUUCGUGUAGUGGUGAUGGCAUUAUUUUGUAUACAGAUUUAAUGAGAAGAACUAAAACAUUUCAUAAUCAGUUUAAUUGUCACAGUGGUACUACUUAUAAAAUAGCAACAAUACCUGGUGAACCGCAUAAUUUUCUAAGCUGUGGAGAGGAUGGUAGUGUGAGGUGGUUUGAUUUAAGAAUAAAAGAUAAAUGUAGUGCACCUAGAUGUACAGAGGAUGUAUUAAUUUCAUGUGAAAGAGCUAUAACUGCCUUAUCAGUAAAUCUAACUUCACCCCAUCAAAUAGCAAUUGGUUGUUCUGAUAGCACUGUUAGGAUAUUUGAUAGAAGAACUCUAGGAACACCAGCUACUGGUUGGACAGACAAAGCUAGAGCAGUAAGGCCUAUAUGCAGUUUCACUGUUCCAGAAUUUGAAGGAAAUUCUCAUAGAAUAACGUCUUUAAAUUACAGUCCUGAUGGGCAAGAUGUGCUUGUUAGUUACAGCAGUGAUCAUCUGUACCUGUUCAAUGUGAAGGAUCAAGCCAGCGUACAAUUAAAAAAAUCUAUUGGUACGGGAAAAGGAAUGGGUAAAAAGAAAAGAUUACGGUCGCCAUUACCGGUACGUAGAUUAAGACUUAGGGGAGACUGGUCCGAUACUGGUCCUGAUGCUCGACCCGAGUGCGAGGGCGGUCGACGUAGCGGUACAGAAAUUGCUCAAGCCAGACCAGUUCUUCACACAUCAUUAAUGCAAAGAAUGACAGAUGUUCUUAGUAGAAUGUUAAACGAUCCAGCUACUAGAGCAGCGUUGUGCGGUGGUGGCGAGGACAGUUUAGAAGGUGUAAUUGAUCAUCAAGAAAACACGCAAAAUAACAACGAAAGUGUGGCAGAAUCUAGCGAGGAAAGACAUAACGAAACUGAAGGAGCAGAAAGAGCUGUGUCUCAGAGUAAUCAAGAAGCAGAUGUGUCAGAUCAACAAGUAGAUAGACAGGAAAAUCCAAGUUGUAGUGGUGUACAAAGUAAACCUGAAACGAGUUAUUCUGCGGAAACGGAAGGAGAAGCAUCAUCUAAUCAAACAACCGAUGAAACUUCGGUUGAAUGCAAAUCAUAUGUUCCUAUGGAAACUGAAUCUAGUCAAGUAGAAUCACAAAAGUGUUCUGUUCAACCUUGUUCUUCACGAGCCACGGACAAUUCAAAUGACGCUCCAGAAGAAGAUCAAGUUAGUAGCGACGAUUCACCGUGUACCAGCAUGGGAAAUAAACAGGAAGGGCACAUGAUGAAAAACCUUCAAGAUAGACUAACGAAAAUGAGAGUUGGUUUCCUUGAAAAACACGGGAGUGAGCCUGCUGUGAGUUUAACUUACACAGACAAAAGCUCAACAAGUGCUACGAUAUCUCUCGGUGUAGCCGACGAAAUGAUUCGUGAUGGUUACCAUGCAGGACCAUCUGGAAGUCGCGGCAGCGGAACAUUCUCGGGCAGAAGUCAUGACAAACAUAUACGAUAUAAUAACACGCACGAAAAGACUGAUGAAAGUGAUUAUACCGAUAGCGAUGACGAAGAUUUACAGUCUGGAGAAAGAUUAAGAAGCGCAAUGGAAACAGACACGGACGAAGCUGUCGGUAGCUCUCGAUCGCGUCGGGGAUCCGCGACCUUCGAUAAAACAUACGUAACGGAGCUUCGUGUGAAGCAAAAAUACAUGGGGCAUCGCAACGCUAGUUUCUUUAGGACCAUGAUCAAAGAGGCAAACUUCUGGGGCAACGAUUUCGUCAUGUCGGGUAGCGACUGUGGUCACGUGUUCGUAUGGGAAAAAGAAACGGCCAAGUUGUGUAUGUUACUCGAAGCGGACCAACACGUUGUGAACUGUUUGCAACCGCAUCCGUUCUUGCCGUUGUUGGCUACAGCCGGCAUCGACUACGACGUUAAACUCUGGGCACCGAUAAACGAAGAAUCCAGCUUCGAUGAAAAGUUUGCCGAGGAUCUGAAAAAGAGGAACGCAGUCAUGUUGGAAGAGACCAAAGAUACAAUGACUGUACCUGCUGUAUUCAUGAUCAGAAUGCUGGCAUGUCUCAAUCAGAUACGCAGAGGGCGCGGUCGAAACAGGAGGAGGAGCGGUGACGAGAGCGGCGAAUUAAGAGGUAGUUAAACCGUUUUCGUGG